AUGAGGGCCGACCCACGCGGGCGCUUGCGUUCAAGGUUGAAUCGGUCGAGGAAGGGACACGAGAAGACAGCUUCUGCCUCGUCCAAACUCCCGCGUCCCUACAUUCCAUCACCUUUUGUGUUUCUCUGUAUUUCCGUGGCUUUGGAAGGGACUCAUGCAUUCCGUGAAGGUGUCCACGAAGCCGAUCGACGGCCAGAAGCCUGGCACCAGCGGGCUGAGGAAGGCCGUCAAGGUGUUUAUGCAGGAACAUUACACGGAGAAUUUCGUCCAAUGCAUUUUGUCUUCCCUUGGAGAGAAGUGAAGAAACUUCUUGUUGGUCAAAAUGGGAUCUUGUCAACUCCAGCCGUUUCAUCAAUCAUCAGGAAGUACAAAACUGAUGGAGGGAUUGUCCUCACUGCCAGUCAUAACCCAGGUGGUCCUGAUGCUGAUUUUGGUAUCAAGUUCAAUACUUCCAAUGGAGGCCCUGCACCAGAUGGAGUAACAAAUCACAUAUAUGACCUCACACAGAAGAUCACAGAAUACCAUUUGGUUCCAGCUCUUCAUUGUGAUCUCUCAGCGAUUGGGAAGCAGGCUUUCAAGGUGGAUGGAAGAGACUUUGAGGUAGAAAUCCUGGAUUCAGUGGCUGAUUAUCUUGCCCACAUGAAGGAGAUCUUUGAUUUUCAUGCUAUCAAGAAUCUCUUAACAGGGGGAGGUGGAAGACCCCCACUCAAGAUACUUGUCAAUUCCAUGCAUGGAGUUACUGGUCCAUAUGUGGAGAAAAUUUUCUGUGAAGAGCUUGGAGCUUCUGGAGACAGCAUUGUGAACACAACGCCUUUGGAGGAUUUUGGUGGACUUCAUCCAGACCCAAAUCUCACCUAUGCAGCUGAUCUGGUGAAUGCAAUGGAGACAGGAGACUAUGGGCUUGGGGCAGCCUUUGAUGGUGAUGGAGACCGGAACAUGAUCCUGGGAUAUAAGGCCUUCUUUGUCACUCCCUCGGACUCUCUGGCCGUGAUUGCAGCCAAUCUGGAAUGUAUUCCAUAUUUUCAGAAAACAGGAGUGAAGGGCUAUGCACGCAGCAUGCCCACAGCUGCUGCUGUUGAUCGUGUGGCUGCAAAGACUGGGAAGGAGUUCUUUGAAGUUCCUACUGGCUGGAAAUACUUUGGAAAUCUUAUGGAUGCUGGCAGACUUUCUCUGUGCGGUGAAGAGAGCUUUGGAACUGGAUCUGACCACAUCCGCGAAAAGGAUGGAUUGUGGGCUGUCCUGGCCUGGUUGUCUAUUCUUGCUCACACCAACAAGUCAGUUGAUGAAAUUCUUCGGCAUCAUUGGAGUACAUAUGGACGCAAUUUCUUCACCAGGUAUGACUAUGAGAACUGUGAUGCUGCACCGUGCAAUAAGAUGAUGGCCAACCUUGAUGCUAUGGUCAGCGAUGCAAGUCUUGUGGGCCGUACCUUCUCCCAUGGUGGCAAGGAGUUCAAAGUAGCAAAGGCUGACAACUUUGAGUACAAGGAUCCCAUUGAUGGCAGUGUGGCUGAGAAACAGGGGAUUCGAAUCAUCUUCGAGGAUGGCUCACGUAUUGUGUUCAGACUCAGUGGAACGGGAAGCAGCGGUGCUACAGUUCGUUUGUAUAUCGACAGCUUUGAGGAUGAUCCCAGCAAGCAAAAUCUUCCUGCUCAAGAAAUGCUGAAGCCUCUGGUGGAAGUAUCACUUUCACUGUCACAGCUACGGGAAUACACUGGACGCCAAGAGCCAACUGUCAUCACAUAACUGCUGGAAUCAAUUCUUUUUCCCUCCUGUCUUAGUGGGCUCUCACAAUUCCCAAUUUCUUAUUUUUUAGGUUUAUCUUCAAACUUUCACAUUUUUGUUAUAUUUCUUGUCAUGAUAUGUUCAGAAAGUGCAAGGUAGGUCUGUCUAGUCACAUAAGAUUACACUUCUUAUCCCAUUUAGUACCCAUAUUGCACACUGCCAUGCUGAAUAGAAUUUCAGUUGUACUAGGAUUCUAUCCAGACGCUAAUCAAAUGCCCAGUUUUAUCCUGUAUGUUUAAGCAGGAUGGUCUUGGUGCUUUCAUGUGAUCACAACUUUGUCUUCAUGGGUUUGUUUAUUUCCCCCCCCCCCCUUUCUGCAGAUCUGGUUGAGUGCUAUAUCAUUGAAUAAAAGAAUUUAGUAGCCUUGA